AUGUCGUCCCCAGAUAUUGACCAAAUGCAUCGAUCCACAUUAGGAGUCUAUGGGAACCUAAUGGACCAAUUCAAUCCAGGUCUACAGAGGCUUGUGUCUCUGGGACACAGCUAUAUUCAGGCAUUCCAAGCUCUAACUAUGACCAGUGAGGCCUACUUCAGUGCCCUGUCCAAGAUGGGGGAACAGGCUCUACACAGCAUGUCUUCAAGGUCUCUGGGAGAUGUCCUUAUUCAAGUCUCAGAGAGCCAGCGGAGACUGACGGCUGAACUUGAAGGAGUUUUUCGCUGGUUCCACAAUGAAGUUCUGCAAGAGAUGGAGAGUAAUGUCAGACUGGACAAAGACUACAUUUUGGGCAGCAGGAGGCGCUAUGAGGUGGAGGUGAGGAACCAGGCCAGCUCUCUGGAGAGACAGCUGAGGAGAGGAGCUUACAGGGAAUAUCAGGAAGGCAGUGACUAUCUGCAGUUCCUCAGAGACAGUCAGCGUGGGGCGCUGCAGGAGGAGGAGAGGAGGUACCGCUUCCUGGCUGAGAAACACUGCGGCCUCACCCAGUCCAUAUUAUACCUCAUGAACAAGACCGCUGGGCCCCUGCAGCAGAAGGCAGAGGAAUGGAGGGAUCAGGUGAACGAAACGAGGGCGUCCAGACCACGCACCCCGUCACGCCUCGAGCAGGAGCCCACGAUGGGAGUGAGAGAGGACGAGAGAGAUCAGCGCUGGCCCGGAAGAGAAGAUUUCCCCAUUGGCAGAGUGCCGUCCAGAGCCCCCUCGCCUCAGCUCAGCCGCUCCCGCCCCAGCUCUCCGGGGGGCUCCCUUGGGGGGCCCUGGAGCAGGCCCAUGCAGGCGCUGGUGGCCCACCCCCCCUCCAGCCCCACCAUGCUGCCCUUCUCCCGGGGAGAGACGAUCUCCGUGAUGGUGAAGGAGCCCAGGAACGGCUGGCUGUACGGCAGGGCGGAGAGCAGCCAGAGGCAGGGCUGGUUCCCUGCAGCCUAUGUGGCUCCAGUGGGAGACAGCCCCACACCAAUGAGCUCCAGAACCUCCACCCUCAGAAGCAGCAGCAGCAUGAGCAACCUACUGGACGAGAGGAACGGCCGGAGCCAAAAUGGCGGCAUGCCCCCGGCCCCCCCCUUACCUGUGCCUGGGCCCCGUCCUGCCAUGGCAACCGCAACCCCGGACAGGAGGGCGGAGUCCGCCUACGGAGGCCAGAGGAAUUUCCAAGAGGAGCACCGCUCCAGCCUUUUCCCAAAGGGAACCAAUCCCUUCGCGACGGUGAAGCUCCGCCCCACUGCCACCAACGACAGGUCAGCCCCUCGGAUCUGAGACCUGGCCCCUGACUCUCACUCUGUUCACGGGGGGAGAGUGCAGAGGUCCGUCUCGACCUGAUGAGCCCUGCGAAGGUCCUGGCCGUGGUGUUACAGGUUAUCUAGCUGUCUGAUACGUCAGGAUGUUCGCCCCACACGGUAUUGCGUCAUGCAGAAAUCAGUCUUUACAGCCUCCUUUAUGAUGGGUGUGUGAGGGUUAAUCAGUACUUCACUGGACCGCAGCGCUUUUCAACAACCCCACUAUCAGACCCACAAGCCUUUAUAAAUACACUGAAAGCCUUCGUCUGAGAAUGAUUAAACUGCUCAUAUUUUUUCAGGACAUGUCCAAAUGUUCCUCCUACAGUCCCUCAGGAUCCAGAUGUCAACCGUCCCGAACGUGUAAAGUUUACAUUUAAAAUGCUCAGUUUGAGAAUGAAUAUAUUGAUUAAUGAAUUGAAAGUGUGUAAAAAUCUGGGAAAACUCUAUAAAAUGUCACAGUGUUUUUCAUGUUUUGAAUGGGGGUUGUUUUGUUUUUUUUGGACACCAGUUUGUCGACGCAGUGCUCUCUAAACCCCGUCUAACCGGUAAUGGCCCGUCCUCAUAGCUCUUAUUUGGAAAUACAGCGCAUUCCGGGACGGGACCGGCAGAGGGGAAUGACAUACGAGCCUGGAAUGAGAACCUGGCUCUCAGCUCUUCUUAUGGCUCAAAAUGGGAGGGGAUGAAAGAGAAUCAGCCCUGGUCAGAUUACUCUAGGUGUUUUUUAUUACCUUUAUUUUCUUAUUUCUUCUCUAUACAGCUUGGCAAUUAGUGU